CCGUGAUACCAUUCCACCAGCGCAGCCGAAUCGAAUUCUCAUUCCUCGUCCAAAGUGAAGUGAUCAGUUCAAAGGACAACACAUCGUAUUGCACCCAGUCCUGGAUCACGAAUUCUGUUCUGUUUGAUGAUCAUCCGUGAGUGCGUGAAACCUCACAGUUUGAAUACAGUUUCCAUAAAGUGAGCGCUAAACAGGCCAAGUGAGACGAUCGCAGAAUGCCCAAACGGAAACGAGCCCCAUCGCCAAAAUUCGAUCUACUAGAAGACGGCUUCGACGAUGACCUCAGCUCUAAUGACGACAAACCAGGCACCCCGAUCCAGCGUAAUGCGGCCAACGCGCGGGAACGGGCUCGGAUGCGCGUACUGUCCAAAGCCUUCUUCAACCUGAAGCGCAACAUACCGUGGGUUCCGGCGGACACCAAGCUCUCCAAGCUGGACACGCUGCGGUUGGCCAAAAACUACAUCAACUACCUGGCGGCCACACUCGACGGGCAGUCGGUGGAGGACUUUUCGUCCAAUUUGGCGCAACCUCCGAAGACGGCGUGGCCUUUCAUUUUUCAACAAGUUCAGCCACACGUCGAGCCGAGCAAAUCCGCGAAGAAUCCGCCAGCAUUCGCUGCAUCAACAACGUCGCCAGUCGCGGUGCCAAAUGUCGGUCAAACCACGUGCUCGGCGGCCGAUCAAAAGUGGAAGGACUACCAUCUGAAGGAAGGCACUUGCCGUGGCCCAUCCAGCGGACCUGAAGAUAUCGGGUCUCACAACGUCAAGUCACCGCACCUCCCGCCACCACCGGCAGCUGUUAUGCACGGAUUCUCGGAAUCAACACCAAGCGUCGGCAUGGAAGGUGUCAACGAUUAUGGUGGGUACGGUGAGCCGAUGAUCAGCUCGCAUCAUCAGCAUCAGCGUCAGCAUCCGCUUCAACAACAGCAGCGCCUACAGCAUCAGCACCAUCAUCAACAGUCCGGUUAUUAUCAAGGAACCGUGCAACAAUCGCACAACGACGGUUGCCACCUCGGUGGCGGCCUUUCAGUUGCAACAUCUUACCAGCGGCACCACAUGACUUCGAUCGGCGGUGAUUAAUGCGGAAAUCGUUUGAUUUAGUGAACCCGAGCCAUUGUGCUCGUAGCAUAUCUUUAUGUUUUAUCAUAAAACCAAAGUAUUAUACUGUAUUGCUUUAGCGAGUAUUGAAAUUCGAAAUAAAACGAUGUGAACGGGAACUGUACAAUGCGUGCAGUAAAGAUUUUUAAGCCAGAUAGAUUGCCACUAGCUCUAAAUCGUUACAUUCGUGAAUUUGUUUAGUAUUUACAACACGAAAACGACA